AUGAAGAUCGUGCGACCUGCUGUCUUCAUUGUGGUUGGCUUCGCUGCUAAGGCGAUCGAUCCCGCAGCUGGUUCCAAUGGUGUGGGCGCGUACUACGAUGACUCGACGUGUACUAAAACGCUGCUAGCAAAGAUUGAUGCCGGGGCAUGCCAAGAUGACAGCGGCUGCAAGGCUUACCAGUCCAUGGGCAUUUCGAUUUUCUGCAUUGAAGAUCCAGCCGAGUACCUGAAGACAGCCUUUGCAGGCUCUCCGUACUUUGUGGCGGUAGGAUACAACGACGCCGAGUGCGAGGAGCUGGUGCUGACCCGUGCAUUUCUAGCUGACGGGGAGUGUCACGUCGGUCACGAAGACGAUGAUAGGGCCUGGGGCAUGACGACAACUGUGAGUGGCGACGGCACUGUGGCGGUCCUGGGCACCGACGACAAAUGUGGUGGGCCAAAUCCGUUUUACUUUCAGGACCCAGUGUCCAAGUCCGACCUCAAUACCGGCGACUGUGUGGUAAUCCCUGAUAAUGACGACGGGAGCGACUCGUACGGCGCCAAGUUCUACUUUGUUGAUCCGUCAACUCAAGCGCCGCCAGAUACGACGACGUCGACAUCUGAUUCAUCGGACUCCUCGACCGAUGAUGACACAACAAUGUCGGGCACUGGUCCUUCGGGUUCGUCAACCAAUGAUACAACAUCAAGUACUGAUCCUUCGGGUUCCUCCACCGAUAGUUCGACCAACACGACCGGAGCAACGGCAACUCCGGCGGCUACAAACGCAACAACGGGAUCAACUUCAGAUGCGUCGAACCUGCUGGCUGUGUCCUUGGUGAUCUAUGCAUCGGUGGCACUUGGCGCAGCCAUACUGUAA